CAAUAUAAAAUAAUGACAAUUUAGAGGUUACUCACAUGUUCUUCCUCAACCAGAGUUAUUUCCCUUUGAAUACUCUUUUUCGACACAGACAAUGUCACUAAGAAGAAUUACACAGAAAUGUACUUUUUUGUCUCGAAAUCAACAGUAUAAUAGGCUUUUUGUACGCUUUAAAAAGAAACCAGUGACCCCAGAGAUGACAGAGAAGUAUCUAGAUCCAGAGAUGCAUUCUAAGUUAUCAAGUAGUACUGUAUUAUUGAGCCAACAAGAAAGUGAUCUUAUAUUCAUUACAAAAUACAGUGGACUGGGAUUUUUCCUCAAUAACAGUACACAGCUUGCAGGUCCAGCAAUAUUCUUCCCAAGAACAUUUCUAAAGUGGAAAAUUUUUGGUUACCAAGAUAUAAAUGAGAAGUCACUAAGUUUGUUUGGUUUACUCACACCUAAAUUAGAUUUGUUGAUUAUUGGAACAGGUAGUAUGAAGAGAGAAUUAUCAAAAGAUACUGUCACAUAUUUAAGGAAGAAUAAUGUCAGCUUUGAAGUAUUGUCAACGUAUCAGGCCAUAGCCAGUUUUAAUUUUCAAAACAAUGAUCAACGUUGGAUAGCAGCAGCCCUUUUACCACCAGAGGGACAGCACAGCACCUUAACAAAAUAUGUGAGAAGUAUUUAUAAUGAUAAUCUUGACAGCACAGACUUUAUAUACUCCGAUGAGAAACGAUUACCACAGAUUGAUGACAGUAGUAAUAAUAAAAAGAUAAACAUGUUGCAAGAUAAAAAGACUAGUGAUAAAAACAAAGAUUUGCCAAAGUCUUCUGAGGAAGACAAUGAAGAUGAAGUUAAAUUGUCCGAGACCUCUGAGGACGACAAAGAAGCUGAAGUUAAAACAGACAAUGAAGUGACUGAUACUGAAAUAAAGACUGUAAAAUCUCCUCUAGGACAGGGUUUUAAUUAUUUAUCGCAGGACGCUUAUGAUGUGUCUAAAGGUCCUGUUAAUAAAGUUGGUAAGGAAUGAGAGAUGUUGAAAUAGAUAUAUAACUGAUUAAAUGUGAUAUUUAAUUUUUGUGGUAAUUAUAAUGUUGUGAUCAAUUA